AUGGUCAAUGAUUUACAAUGCGGUUCGGGGAGGUCUGGCAAUUGGAAAUUCGUUGAUGAUGUUACUAUCUCUGAGGGAUUAUUAAGGAAUGGGGAACCGUCUGUAAUCCAGUCCGAUUUAACUUCUAUAGCUACAUGGGCAUCUAAUAACCUGAUGAAAUUGAACGCAAAGAAAUGCAAAGAGAUGCAAAUUUGUUUCUUUCGGAACAAACCUGAACUACCACACUUGUGUGUUGAAGACCAGAUCUUUGAAUGUGUAUCGUCGCACAAGGUUCUUGGAUUGAUUAUCCAGGAUGACCUUAAGUGGAACGAACAUAUUUCGAUGAUUGUUACCAAAGCAUCCAAGCGACUGCAUAUCCUACGUGUCCUACGACGGGGAGGGAUUCCACCGCACGACCUUAUCACAAUUUAUUAUGCAUUGAUUAGAUCUACAUUAGAAUAUUGUUGUACAGUAUGGCAUUGUGGUCUACCUAUGUAUCUGUCCGAACAAGUCGAGAAAAUUCAAAAACGUGCACUGAGGAUUAUACUGCCAGGUCGAUCCUACGGUGAAGCGCAAGAAAUGUUGCAGUGUCCUAGGCUGGAUAUACGUCGAGGUGAACUUUGCGAAAAGACGAUGAAAAAUAUUGCAUUGGGCAGUCGUCUUUCUUCCCAUCUAACUCUCACCAGUGAGAACGAACAUGUGUAUAAUUUAAGGAAUUUUAAACAAUUCGCUUCUUUUAAAUGUAGAACUGAUAGAUUUGGUAAUAGUUUUUUCCCUAGCAUGAUUAGUGUUUUAAACAAAUAA